CCCAGGUCGAGUGUUGUGAUGAUCCGCAGUGACUUGGGAGUGUCUUGCAUCUUUUGGUUUUGGACAGCUCAUAUUGAUGGGUUUGGAUUCCACCGUCCUUUUCGGGGCCAGAUUCAAGAUCGUUUGGCUCCAAAACAAGGUUUGGAUCCUGCCGUUGGGCCAAACAAAGAUGAAGAUUACUGGAUUCGGAGUUCCCGAAAUCUGGAGACACUUGAGUCACGCCUUGCUGUGAAGGAUUCACGCGCCUGUUUUCACACGCCAUUGGCUCAAGAAGUCGUCCGGCUGGGGAUGGAGGACCAGCGCAUUCACACUUUGUUUGAUGCCAUUGCACAUAGCGAUCUGCCCUGGCUAAAAAGCACCUUCGAAUGCUUGGACUUUGACUUCAAUUGUUUCAACCCUUCCAAUAAUCCUCUUCUUGGCUGUACAGCUCUCCAGGCAGCUGUCGCCAGCUUUCUGGGGACGGACCAUGAUGAGGUGGAGAUCGAGACGGUGAAGAUUGCCACAUGGCUGGUGAAGAGGGGAGCGGACCCCAAUCUACGUUGUCGUCGGGAAUUUCCUCAGGCACAAGACUGGAUGUCGAUCUUCCUGGAAAAGCACGAUCAGAGUGAUGUGCGUUACACGGUGGCUGGGCACUCUGCAUAUUCAAUGCUGGCUCAAGUUCAAAGAGACAUGAGAGGCUCCAAGCACGCAGAGAACUGGUCGCCCUACUUGCGGAAAUUGUCUGGACUCAUGAGCACUUUGGCGCAGACCAAGCCGGAAGCAGCCACAGUCUCAAUGAGUCCAGCAGUCCUGGAGGUUUGGGAGAAAUUCAGCGCUGACAAACAAUGGCAUGACUUGGUGGUAGAAGCUAUUGAUGGAGAGGUCACUGCACAUGCCGCCUUCCUUGCGUGCGUGUCUCCAGUGGUUGCAUCCAUGUUGUCAUCGAAUAUGAAGGAAGCAAGGAGUAAACGGAUCGCGGUGGAUGUGCCAACCAAGGCUCUCUCUUUCAUGUUUGAACUCCUUUACACUGGUGCCAGCAGCAAAGUCUUCUCAAACAGCUUUGCUCUCCCAGCCUUGGAUCUGGCACACCGCUGGCAGAUCACUCACAUUGUUGAGAUGCUCGAAACACCAGUGGCAGGUGCCUUGAACGUCGAGAACUUUGCGGACGUCUCUGAAAGUGCCGUGCUGAAGGAUCUUCCAAAGCUCAAGUUGGCCUGUCGUAACUUCGCACACGAGCAUCCUGAAGUGCUCUCGGAGGAUUUGCCUCAGUCCGUCCAGGAGUAUCUGCAGCUUCGGAGGCCGAGUUGGGCGGCUCGACUCAACAAGAAGCAACGGAUCUUUUACUAGUACAGCGGAUGCCACUCAAGAGAUAUAUAUAGUAAGUCUCUGUUGAAGAAUGGAACUUAUGAAGCUUCAGAAAUUCUUCUAUCCUCUUCCAAUGCCGACCUUGGGGAGACUUGGCAAAGACUGAUUCACUUGUUCCACAAAGGGACAAGGUCUUUGGUCUUUUUUCUGAAUUUAUGUAUCCAUGCCAAUUCACCAUUUCUGUGGCUGGAACCAGUCCAUCUCGGAAUCUUCGCCUGUGCUCCAGCCAACACGUCCCGAGUCAAUCACUUUGGCUCAACAGGAGCUAUUGGAUGCGAAGGGUCGAAAAGAA